CCGAGAAGGAGGCGGAGGAGGCCGAGGCUCCGCGGCGCUUUCCUGCCCGGCUUCCCCGCCUCCCUCCCGGCAGACAUGGCGGCGCCCGCCCCGCAAGAGCAGCAGCAGCAGGACGCGGAGCUGGAGGAGCUCCUCGAGAGUGCCCUCGAUGACUUUGACAAGGCCAAGCCAGUCCCAUCGCCUCCCCCUUCAACUGCCUCCGUCGGGGACGGCAGCGUCUCUGAGAAAUCGCCUGGAGAUGCUGCCAAGGAUUCCCUCUUCGCCUCGCAGGAGAAGUUCUUCCAGGACCUCUUCGAUAGCGAACUGGCCUCCCAGGCCACUGCCGAGUUUGAGAAGGCCAUGAAGGAGUUGGCCGAGGAGGAACCCCACCUGGUGGAGCAGUUCCAGAAGCUCUCCGAAGCAGCAGGCAGAGUCGGAAGCGACUCCAGCUCCCAGCAGGAGUUCACUUCCUGCCUGAAAGAGACGCUCAGCGGCUUGGCAAAGAACGCAGACGACCUCCAGAACUCCAGUGUCUCUGAGGAGGAGCUUGCGAAGACCAUGGAAGGCCUCGGCUUGGAGGAAGGAGACGGCGAAGGGAGCCUCCUGCCCAUCAUGCAAAGCAUCAUGCAGAACCUGCUGUCGAAAGACGUGCUCUACCCCUCCCUGAAGGAGAUCACGGAGAAAUACCCAGAGUGGCUGCAGAGCCACCGCGACUCCCUGCCACAGGAGCAGUUCGAGAAGUACCAGGAGCAGCACAGCAUCAUGGGCAGGAUCUGCGAGCAGUUUGAGGCCGAACUGCCCACCGACGGAGACACGGAGCACAAGGCCCGCUUCGAGAUGGUUCUGGACCUCAUGCAGCAGCUCCAAGACCUCGGCCACCCCCCAAAGGAGCUGGCAGGAGAAUCAGUGACACAUUUGUUUUUAUGUGGCACCAAAUGGUUGCAUGGUGCAUGGUUUCUCUACGUCCCCUGGGCGAAUUCACGAGAAAACGCGAUGUCAGACGCAGGAAGUAGCACGGAUGGGAAAACAGAUUUACCCAACGGAAGCUUAUCCAGCAGCCCGGAGGAGAUGUCUGGCGCCACGGAGGGCCACGAGACGUCCUCGGGGGUGGAGGUCGAGGCUUCCGACCUGAGCCUGAGCCUCACGGGGGACGAGGUGGGGCCCAACCGCACCUACACAGAGAGCUCGGCGGAGGAGAAGGACUCGGACAGCAUGGACGACACGGGCCACUACUCCAUCAAUGAGAUGAAUCGCACCUACGACCGCUCCCACUCGGAAGAGGAGGAGGAGGAGGAAGAGGAGGAGGAGGAGGAAGAGGAAGAAGAGGUGGAGGCGGCCGAGGCCCAGCGGUCCCGCCGGCGAGCCCAGCGCAAGCGUCCCAACCGGGACCGGGACUCCUCGGACGAUGAGCGGGCCCUGGAGGACUGGGUGGCCUCGGAGACGACGGGGCUGCCUCGGCCGCGCUGGCGGGUGGUGCAGGCGCUGCGGGAGAGGGCUCUGGGCUCCUGCGCCCGCUUCGUCCACGAGGCCUGCGGCGCCCAGGUCUUUGUGCAGCGCUUCCGGCUCCAGUACGGGCUGGAGGGCCACACGGGCUGCGUCAACACCUUGCACUUUAACCAGCGCGGCACCUGGCUGGCCAGCGGGAGCGACGACCUCAAGGUGGUGGUCUGGGACUGGGUGCGGAGGCAGCCGGUGCUGGAGUUUGAGAGCGGCCACAAGAGCAACGUCUUCCAGGCCAAGUUCCUCCCCAACAGUGGGGACUCCACCCUCGCCAUGUGCGCCCGGGACGGCCAGGUCCGCGUGGCCGAGCUCUCCGCCACCCAGUGCUGCAAGACCACCAAGCGGGUGGCCCAGCACAAGGGGGCUUCGCACAAGUUGGCCCUCGAGCCAGACUCCCCCUGCACUUUCCUCUCGGCUGGCGAAGACGCCGUGGUCUUCACCAUUGACCUGAGACAAGACCGGCCAGCUUCGAAGCUGGUUGUGACGAAAGAGAAGGAGAAGAAGGUGGGCCUCUACACCAUCUACGUGAACCCAGCCAACACCCACCACUUUGCUGUCGGGGGCAGAGACGAGUAUGUCAGGGUCUACGACCAGCGGAAGAUCAACGAGAACGAGAACAACGGGGUGCUGAAGAAGUUCUGCCCUCACCACCUGGUGAACAGCGAUUCAAAAGCCAACAUUACUUGUUUGGUCUACAGCCACGAUGGGUCAGAGCUCGUGGCCAGCUACAACGACGAGGACAUCUAUCUCUUCAACGCGUCCCACAGUGACGGAGCCGAGUACCUGAAGAGAUACAAGGGGCAUCGGAACAACGCCACAGUGAAGGGUGUCAACUUCUACGGCCCCAAGAGCGAGUUUGUGGUGAGCGGCAGUGACUGCGGGCACAUCUUCCUGUGGGAGAAGUCGUCCUGCCAAGUGGUGCAGUUCAUGGAAGGCGACCGAGGAGGCGUGGUCAACUGCCUGGAGCCCCACCCUCACCUCCCAGUCUUGGCCACCAGCGGUUUGGAUCACGACGUCAAGGUCUGGGCCCCGACGGCAGAGGUGCCCACCCAACUCACUGGCUUGAAGGAGGUGAUAAAGAAGAACAAGCGAGAGCGGGACGAAGACAGCCUGCACCACACAGACAUGUACGAGAGCCACCUGCUCUGGUUCCUGAUGCACCACUUCCGACAGAGGCGGCACCACCGGCGCCGAAGAGAUCCAGGCACCGGGGCGACGGACAGCGACUCGGACGAAUCCCCCAGCUCCUCUGACACGUCGGACGAUGAUGAGGAAGGCCCGGAUCGGGUGCAGUGCAUGCCUUCUUGAGACCCCCCCUCCGAGGAUGAGGAAGAGGUGGGGGCGUGAAGAGUGUGCAGACUUGAAUCGGCAACAAGAUGCCCACCACUUUGAAUGGCCACCUAUUCCCCCCCCUGCUUUUUACUGAAACACCAAGGAAAGCCCCCCCUGCCCCCCGCCCUCCUUGUCGCUUGCCCUCCCCCAGGGGCAACCUGCUUGGCAUUAAUUGCACUUGGACUUUGCUUGAGGGGGGCGGGGGGGACACACACACAUGGGACGCCCUGGGAUCCCCUUCUGCUCUCCCCCUCCUCUCUCUCUCUCUCUCUGCCUCGGUUUUGGCAUGGGGAAGAGGGAGGCCUGCCCCCUUCCACCCCCCCAUUUCCCCAGAGGCAUGGGGUGGGGGGAGUGGGGAGGGAAGGGCCUUGGUUGCUGACCCCCCCCCCCGGGCCAUUCCCUGUGAAGCUUCCUUUUGAGUGAGCUGAGUUCGGGUUCUGCCUCCCUCCUCCUUCCCUUUCAGAUGUUGGUGUGAGCCCCAAAGGGGGCAUUUUUUUGGAGGUUUUGUGCUUUUUUCUCCCGCGCCCCCCCCCACUCCCAUUUUUGAGGAGUGCCCUUGCUUGCCCGCUUUCAGGAUGAGCAAACUUGGACUCUUUGCUUUAUUUCUGAUUACAUUUUCUUUUUUUUUGAGGGGGGGGCAUUCUUCUCCCUCCGCCUCCUGUUUUUUGUGUUCUUCCUUCAGCAGAGUUCUAGCGGCAUGAAGAACCCCCUUUUGCAGUCUAGAGCUUGCCUUGGCCCCCUCGGACGCCCCUUCGCCCAACCUUUUUGGAGAGUAAAGGUUUUUGGUUUUUGGUUAAGAGAUGGUUUAAAUGCAGAGAAGAGUCGUGGGGCAGAUGCCCCUCCCCCUUUCGCGGUGGGGAGGGGGGCUCACUGCUGCCCUGCGGAGGGAGAGGGGUUCUCGUGGGAUCCCCUCCAUUUGCCCGAAGGUUCUUUGUGUUUCAUUUCCGCCGUUCCCCUUCCCUUUAAAAAAUAAUCUUAUUUGUUUUCAAAAACAACUGCCCUUCCCCCCCUCCCAUCGCUGUUUAGAGGCCUAAUUUUAUAUGUAUUAAACAAGACAAGAACCAAAUUAAAACUUGGAUGUUAUCAAGUUAAAAUUAUUGUAAAAGUUUAAAUAUAUAUAUUAUAUAAAUGCAAUAAAAGAAUUGAGAGACA